AUGUCUGCUAUUGAUAGAAAGGAUUACUGUCCUCGAUAUUCUUAUGAAGAUUCUCCACAAUCUAUUUCCUAUGGUGCGACUAUUUCUGCCCCUCAUAUGCAUGGUUAUGCUUUGGAACAUUUGGAAAAUUAUCUUAGGCCAAACAUGACAGCUUUGGAUAUAGGAUCAGGUUCUGGUUAUUUGACGGCAUGUAUGGCUGAAAUGGUAGGAAGUGGUGGAAAAGUAGUUGGUGUGGAUCAUAUUCCCGAAUUAGUCGACUUAUCCAUCGACAAUAUGAAGAAACAACACAGUGAUUGGCUUGAAUCAGGUCGAGUCAAGUUUAUAGUAGGUGAUGGAAGGUUAGGUUGUCCCGAAGAAGGUCCUUAUGACUGCAUCCAUGUAGGUGCUGCGGCCGGAAAGAAACCUACCGCUUUGAUUGAACAAUUGAAAGCGCCUGGAAGGUUAUUUACUCCAGUUGGCACAUACAGUCAAUAUAUUAUGGUGUACGACAAAAAGGAAGAUGGCACAGUGGAAGAAAAGAGGGUCAUGGGUGUCAUGUAUGUGCCACUUACCGAUGCUGACAAACAACUAGGUCGUGAUUAUUAG